GUCAGUGCUGCUGCCUCUGCUGCGGCUCUAUCUGUGCGGAGUUAAAGUCCUCAUCUAUCAGAUGUUCAACAAGUCUUUUACACUACCAGGUGCUCAGUAAGUGAAGGCAUCCCAGUGGAUUGCUAACCAAAGGAACCCAUGGAGGGUAAAAGUUCAGGACCUUCAUGCUCUGGCCUCAAUCUGGUAGCACACCCACGGGCAAAAAGCAAAGUCUGGAAAUACUUUGGCUUCGACACAGAUGCAGAUGGCUGCAUUCUGCACUGGAAACGAAUAUACUGUCGAGUAUGUAUGAGUCAAAUUGCUUACUCUGGAAACACGUCCAAUCUUUCGUACCACCUUGAGAAGAACCACCCUGUGGAGUUCAGUGAGUUUGUGAAGAGCAACACGGAUCAGAUGCGCGAGGCGUUUGCCACAGCAUUCUCCAGGAUAAAGACCGAGCCUACAGGAACACACGUUCAGCAACCAUCCCAGGACACCAACCUAAGGCAGAACUUAAACUAUGAAAACAGACGGCAUAAUGAUCUGACAAUAGCUGUCAUCAACUUCAUCUGCGAGGGGUUGUACCCUGUAUCUGUAGUGGAAGAGCCUACUUUCAAGACCUUGAUGAGCACCGUCGAUCCUGGAUACUCCCCACCGAGCAAGAGCAACCUGGCACUGAAGAUGCUUCCUCAGAUGUACUGCCGAACCCGGGACAUGGUGUUUAAUGAGCUUGCUGGGGUUCUGAAUUGUGGGGUCACUACAGACCUCUGGCAAAGCCAAACCCAGAACAGGACAUACAUUUCCCUCUCAAUGCAUUCAGUUAAUCACAACAGUGCAACUGGUUUCUCCAUGACCAACAAGUGCCUUAAAACGUUUGAAGUGCAAGACGACAACACAGCUGAGAACAUCACCAGAGCGAUGUAUGAAACUUUUGUUGAAUGGGGGAUAACUCAUAAAGUCAUUGGGGCCACCACAAAUGGUUCUGUGGACAUAGUGAAAGCAUGCUCUCUCCUGGAGCUGUCAGUAGAAAUGCCUUGCCUUGGACACACCGUCAAUCGCGCCAUGAAUGAAGCGCUCCAGCUGCCGCGAGUCGACAGCUUUUUGGGAAGUUGCCGCAAACUUGUUGAUCACUUUAGAGAACCGACAAUCUACCUGCUGAGGGAGAAACAGAAGCAGCAUGGCCUCGCUCAGUGCCCACUCAUCACAGACAGGGGCAGGUCUUGGUUGGCCACGUUGGCGAUGCUACAAAGACUGAAGGAGCAACAGGUGGCUGUAACCGCAACACUGAUCGAGGGCUCCAGCAGCCAUCAUUUCAGCUUCGAUGGCCCUGACUGGACCUUUUUAGAGGGCUUGGUUGAAGUGCUCCAGCCUUUUAAAGUAGUGGCAAAUAUGUUCACUUCCUGCAGGUACCCAACCAUUAGCAUGGUCAGGCCGGUGCUUCAUAUGUUGUUGAACACCACCCUUAAGGUCAAUGAAGGGGACCUCAAAGAGAUCGGCAUGGCCAAAGAAGUCAUAGCAAAGGUCCUAUCAAGCACUUAUUCACAAAACACACAACUGUCACAAGAAAUCUCAACGUUCCUCAACAUCGCUACGUUCCUGGAUCCCCGGUACAAAAAGCUUCCUUUCCUGUCCACACAGGAGCGCUCCAAGGUGGAGAGUAACAUCAUAGAGGAGGCGAAAGCCAUCCUCGAGAAGCAGAUUGGAGAGCGACCAUGCGUUGAAGAUUUCUCCGUGGUGUCUGACGAGCCACCGAGCAAAAAGCCUCACAGAGAGUCCGCCGGCAGCGCAACCCAAGAGAACCCUUUGGCCGCCAUUUUCUGUCAGUCCGAUGCAGACCAGAGCCAGGAGGAGCUGCACGCACAGGUGGUGGAGGAGCUGAGCAACUACAAAUCACAGAGAGUCCUGGGUCUGAAUGAAGACCCUCUGCUGUGGUGGUCCAGCCAUGCUCUCUUGUUCCCCACCCUCCCCAAGGUGCUCCAGAAGUACUGGUGUGUUCCCGCCACCAGUGUGCCAUGCCACCGGCUGCUGAGCUCCUCUGGGACUGUUCUGUGUGGGAAGAGGAACCGCAUAGCUCCAGCUUUAGUGGAUCACCAGGUCUUCCUGUACGAGAACUCGCGGAGCUACUAUGAGCCUGAACCUUGUGAGGAUGACUUGGACAAUGUUUGGGAUGGAAACUGUAGUCUCGGUCCGCCGGUGGAAUGACUGUUUGCUAAAGAGUGCUGAUGACUCCCUGCACACUAUUAAUAUACUGUGGGGAAAUGCCUUGUUGCAUAUCUUUUAAAAGUUUCAGAUAAGAAGAUUGUUAUCACUUCAAUGUCUGUGGAUGAAUCCUAAUGGCUUAAGUAAUCUGCUUUUCAUCUCCUGCUGUCAUCAGAUCAAAGUUCUCAUUUCCCACAUUAUUUUGUAUAUUACCAAAUACCUAAAUUAUCUAUUAAAAUAACUUAUUUUGGAUUUUACUAAGUCUGUACAGAAAAUGUAGUUAACUGAAAUAAACAGCAGAAGCAGCUGGGAUAUCUUGAUUAUUAUGUAAUCAAUUAGAAAUAUUAAAAAAAGAAUUAGGCUCUUUGACUGAACUUUGUAUAAUUUGGGGUGGAUUUUGUACUGUGUAUAUAAAUAUUGCAAACCCUAUCAAUGGCAGAGUUUUAAAAAUGACUUGCUUUGCAGAACACUGGCACUUUUAUGAUGUGAAGGAAAUGUUAAAAAAAGUAAAGAUUUUGUUUUCAAAAUGUG